UGCAUCCAGCAGCAACGGUCUUUCUCCUGCGCUAAUCUCAUGCUAGAUGCUCGAGCGCAGUUAGCCGAGUUAGCUAGCGCGAGGCUCCAUUGACCGCGAGUGUUGCUGUUAGCAGUAAGCGAUCAUGGCGGAGGUGCGCAACCUUCGCGUGUCAGUGAAGACCGAAAGCGCGUCCGAUCGAUCAGAGUCAGACUCUGAAUCAGAUUCGGAUCAGGAUGCCCGUGAAGCGGAGCCCAUGGAGGUGGAGGAAGGAGAGCUGGAAUCCAUUCCCGUUCAGCGAAGUUUGAAAGAGCUGUUGCCGGACACCAGCCGACGGUAUGAAAACAAGGCUGGCACUUUUAUCACUGGAAUCGAUGUCACGUCUAAGGAGGCCAUCGAGAAAAAAGAGAAGCGAGCCAGAAGAUUUCAUUUUCGUGCAGAGGAGAAUCCGACACAGAGGAAUUUGGCAUUGGACAGAGAGGUGAUAAAGAAAGCUAUUCCAAAGGUGCGUUUGGAAGCCCUACACAUGAGCGGGGUAGAUGACAUGAGUACUCAGUCUAUUUUUAGCUACUUCAAAGAGUAUCCACCGGCCCACAUCGAGUGGAUAGAUGACACUUCCUGCAAUGUGGUGUGGUUGGAUGACAUCUCUUCAACCAGAGCUCUCAUUAACCUGAGUCGAAUGCCUGACAAAGAAGAAGUGACAGAUGCAGACAGCACUAAACCCUCUGAUCUUCCAGUCCAACCUCCGAAAGACCGACGAAAUCGUGGAUCAUCUGAUGAUGAUGAUGAGGAGGAGGAGGAAGAAGAAGAAGAAGGUGAGGUUGAUGAUGAUGAUAAAGUGGUGAAAGGAGAUAAGAGCAAAAGCAGUGAUGGCAGUGAAGGUAAAGCUAGUGACAUUGAGGAGGAGACGGAGAAGAAGACACAGGAAACCUCAGAGAUCCAGACAGAUCUGGUGUCCCAGACGGAGCGGGAAUCUCUUCUUCGGAAUGAUCCGAGACCCACGAUCAACCCGUUUAAAGGGAACAAACUGUUCUUGCGGUUUGCCACUCAGGAUGACAGAAAAGAGCUGGGUGCGGCCAGGAGAAGUCGAUACUACAUGAAAUAUGGGAACCCAAAUUAUGGAGGAAUGAGAGGCAUCUUAAGUAACUCUUGGAAACGGAGAUAUCACACACGGAGAAUCCAGCGUGACAUCCUGAAGACCAAGAAGCCUCUCAUUGGAGACAGCAUGGGACACACGCCACCCUACACACAUCGACACUCGGCUGACCUGGUGAAUCUGCCAGAGGAGCCAAUAGAGGAAGAGGAAGAAGAGGAGGAGGAUGGAGACGAAGACAUGGAUGCUGAUGACAGAGUGGUGGAGUACAAAGAUCGUGGAGACAGGGAACGGGGUGUGCGCCACGGGGAAGGUGGUGUGCGUAGUCGUUUGGGUGGAAAGUCGCCUGCAUCCUCGGAUUCAGAUGAGAUGGACUAUGACCUGGAACUGAAAAUGAUCUCGACGCCCUCGCCCAAGAAGAGCAAGAAGAUGACCAUGUACGCCGACGAGGUAGAAACCAACCUUCGAAGUCUUCGAAACUCCAUAUGUAGUGACACAAGUAGCAGUGUUAAGAGUCGCAUUGGUGGUGGUGGUGGUGGAGGAGGAGGAGGAGGCGGCGGCAGCAGCAGCAGCAAACCUAUACCAGAAAAAGUCACAGAUGUGAGGCAGUUACUGGAGGAAAAGAGGCAGGGAGUUUCUCAACCGAGAUCACGCCCUCCAGUGGUUUCUAGUGGAAAGACGGAUGUAAGACAGAGAUUAGGGAAGAGGGCACACUCUCCAGAAAGAUGCCGCUCUGUCUCUCCUGUUAUUUCUAGAAACGUCUCUAGGAGAGAGCCCUUGACUGACGUGCGCAGCAGACUCGGUGUUGCUAAACAGGAGGGGCGUAACCUCUUCUCAGAACCCUCAAAAGAUAAGAAAUCGGGAGGCUUGUGGAGCCGCCUAGGCCCAUCUCACAAGGAAAGUGUUGGCGAUCAUAAGGUGUCUUCUCCGCCGUCGUCUUCAAGAGGAAUACGACGACGAGAUCAUGAAGAAUCGGAUGGGGCCGAUGAAGACGAUAAUGAAGAGGAUGACUCUCAGCUGCAGAAGGUGUGGGGAGCAAUGAUCAAGCAGAAAGAACAGCAAUCCAACAAGAUGAAGAAGAGCAGGCUGGACAAUCUGCCAUCGCUGCAGAUCGAGAUCAGUCGAGACAGCAGUAACGGUUCAGACAGUGACUCUUGAAGAGGUGGAGAUGGUGUCAGUGAUGGAGGAAUGACAUUUGAGACAAAGAGCUGGAGAAUAUCUAUUUGACCGGGCUAAGAGACCCUGACGUGUAUAUUAAAUACAUUCCUGCACUCCUGCUUUUUUCCCUUCUACAGACUUUGCGGAUGUUUUGGUUGUGUUUUCUCUAGGAGUCGGACUGACUCGGAGAGAGCUGUUAGAAUGAAAUGUAAAUGAUAUUUUUUUCCCCAUUUCAAAAAAUGUGUUUUUCUUCAAAAGAAAAUGAAUUGGUUGUUGUAUUUAACACAAUGAGGGUCCAUUUUAAAUAUAUGGUGAUGCAUUAUGUUGAUAAAAACAGUCCUGUGAGCUGAAAAGCAAUCAUUAGCAAUACAGUUUGGAGUGUCAUUGAUAAGUUAAUGAAUGGCUGGCAUUCAUGUAACAAAUGACUGUUCUAUCGCUGUGGAUUUAAUGUGAUCUGACAAUUUUAUCUGGUGCAAGCCAUAUUUUUUUUUGAAUUUGAAUGGAUCUAUGAUUUAUUGUAAGCAGUCCUAUUAGAAAGGCACACACUGUAGCCAAUCUAAUGACCAUUUUCCCCACAAGUAUGGUCUAUAUUCCCUAAAUAAUUAUUUGGUGAAACAUACAGGACUUCAUGCGGAAAAGCAUUGUGUGUUAAAUAAAAAAUCAUUUUUUUUA